CUGCUGCGGCUCAGAGCAUCUGCUGGGCUUCAUGCAAAGAAGGUCGGCGGAGAGCUUUGUUCGCCACUCGCACAUCGGCGGCACGGCGUCGAGUCAUGAGAUGGAUAUUUUGUGGCAAUAUCAGUUCCGGAUGAUAUUACUCGGGGAUUCCACGGUGGGGAAGUCGUCGUUGCUGAAGCGUUUCACGGAUGGCGUUUACACCGACGUCGCCGACCCCACCGUAGGGGUUGAUUUUUAUGCCCGCUCGCUUGAUAUCGAACCUGGAGUGAAAAUCAAGCUGCAGCUUUGGGACACUGCGGGCCAGGAACGAUUCAGGUCCAUUACAACAUCAUACUAUCGGAAUUCCGUGGGAGGGCUUUUGGUGUUUGACCUCACCAGCCGCAAAAGCUUUGAGCACGUACGGGAGUGGCACCAGGAAGUGAGCGAGCACAUCUUGCCCCACCGAAUGGUCUUCAUCCUCAUCGGUCACAAAAGUGACCUGAACAAGGACCGCAGAGUCGGGCGGGACGAAGCCGAACAACUGGCGUCCGAGCUGGGCAUUCGCUACGUGGAGACGUCCGCCAAGUGCAACAGUAACGUCGACCGGGCCUUCGAGCUGCUAACCAGGGACAUCUAUGAGCUGAUGAAGAUCGGCGCGGUUGUCACGCGGGACGGCUGGGACGGCGUGAAGAGCGGUCUCACGGCUAAGGUCCUCUACCCGACCGAUGAUGAAGAAGAACAAGGCAGGGCGUCUGCUGAGAGGAGCUGCCAUUGCUGACUUCUGAAAACACUUUUUCUUGUCUCACAGUCGUCCGAUCCACCCAUUCCUCCACUUCCGUUGUGCUGUGUGCCUUCUUCGUGUGUGUGACUUGUACUGACGACAAAAUGAUAGACACAGUUCACGCGUAUCUACCAGUCAUCAUGUCGAGGAAAAACAAAACCGAGCAUGGUCCAGUUUUUUAGGAUUUUCACCGCCACAUGUAUCCCGGGGUGUUUGGGACAUACAUCGUAUUCCAAGUUAUUAUGCAAAUUGUGUUUAAGUGUCAUAAAAGAUCAAAUAUUUUGUUGGAUAGUAUCGUGUCUCAGGGUUCAUCGGGUCAGUGAAAUCAUUGAAAUAUCUAAUUAUAUUAAAAUAAUGAAGUCUAAUUCAAGGGAAAAACUACUUAAAGGGAACCUAUUAUACUCAUUUGUAUUGAGUUGUGGACUCCUAUAGAGCAGCUACACACAAUAACCAGCAUAGAAACAUCUUCCGGACAUCUUCCGUACCUCUUCCAGCGUCUUGCCUCCUUUGGUAACACUCCCAAGCACUCCAGAGAACUUCCGGAAACGUUUACGUUGACGUGUUGGCAUAGUUUAAGACGAGAAUACAACAUUGUAACAUUAAUACAGUAAACCUCGGAUAUAUCGGAUUCAAUUGUUCCCACUGGUUUUGUCCGAUAUAAGCGAAAUCCGUUAUAUGCGUAUACCGGAAAACGUCCGUUUUACGCAUAUAUCGGAUUUAUAUCCGGUAUAUGCGUAAAUGGGAUUUUAUCCGUUAUAAAAAGGCACUUCCUUGACUAUGUUUCCAAUGUACCUGGACGCACAGGCAACGCUGCAAACGCUGCAAAUGACGUCGUAUAGCGGCCUGUCACGAUUCGGCGAAUCGGAGCGCCACGAUGCGGCCAUCCGAUAUAUGCGAGGGAAAUUUAAUGGAAAUGCAUUGGAACGGGACUGGAGAUUUUGUCCGAAAUAGGCGAAAUCCGUUAUAAAAAAUCCGAUAUAUGCAAUGAAUUUUUAUUGGAAAUGCAUUACAGAAAAAUCGGUUCUUUUUUUAUCUGUCCGUUGUGAGCGAAUUUCCGAUAUAUCCGAGUCCGAUAUAUCCGAGGUUUACUGUAUAUUAAAAUAAUGAAGUCUAAACUACUUAAAGGGAACCUAUUAUACUCAUUUGUAUUGAGUUGUGGACUCCUACAGAGCAGCUACACACAAUAACCAGCAUAGAAACAUCUUCCGGACAUCUUCCGUACCUCUUCCAGCGUCCCAAAUUGUCUCUUUAAUUGACUCCACCCCUUUGGUCACACGCCCAAGCACUCCAGAGAACUUCCGGAUACAUUUACGUUGACGUGUUGGCAUAAUUUAAGACGAAAAUAGAACAUUGUAACAUUAAUAGUACAGAAAAGAAGAAUAGCAUAAUAGGUCCCCUUUAAGAAGGACGUUGCAAAUAAUGAAGCAGAAGCAAUAUGGGGGGAAAAAAAAGGAUCUCUCGUGCCAAAAAGUGUGAAAUACUGAAAAUGUCUUGGACAAGGUAUGAAAACCUUAGAAAUUUCACGUUUAGGGUUACGCAUAAAGCUUCGAGGGGGCCCAGAAAGAUAAAUGUUAUUAAUUUCCAAGAUGGUCAAAAUGGAUGAAUUGGUGGAUGGUACCUGGACGGUCAUUGUGUCCCAAAAAGGCUACUAAUCAAUCAAUCAAUCGGGUGUGAAAUGACCCCGUGUACAGUAUGUUCAAUUUCUCACUGACUACUAACUUCCAUUGUAACAAAAUCAUCUUCACGCAUGACAACGCACCAUCUCAUGCUGCAGGGAAUACCUUUGAAUCAUUGGUUCCUGUGGGCGUAAAACGGUGUGGCCUCCAUCAACCCUACUGAGAACCACUGGAGCAUCCUCGGCGACGGCGGGACAAGACAUCCUGUAAAGAAAUUCAAGCAGAAACUCAGUACAAACUCCCCAAGUCCAAUGGAAGUAAGAAUUGUGAAGCUCCUAUCAAGUACGGAGUCCAAUGUACAAAUGUAACAUGGCCUGUUAAGAUGCUUUGAGUGAAAUAGCUUUUGAUUUUUUGUAAAUAUGACCUACUAUUCUGAUUUCACAAAUGACCAUUUUCAGUUCCUGACAUGAAUAAAAUGGUUUGAAACUCUCUUGUGCAUAAUAAAUUAUGUUUUUAUUUUUGAAAAAGAUACUCUUAUCAUUGGGAGGUUUGUUCAAUAGCAUUCGAAUUGUCUUGAAAUUGUAAUUUAUAUGGACUAUUGAGCAAAAAUUAGAGAAACACAAUCAUCUUCAGUUUAUCCAUCCAUUUUAAUGGCUAAAAGUACAUUUGUUUGGAAAGAUAUAAAGAUGCUAACAAAAAUAGCUCGUAGAAAUGGUAUCUAGCAAAGUAUCUAGCUACUUUUGUUAUUGUUAUAUUUGCCCAUGUUGUGUCAGGCAUUUAAAUAAA